AUGUCGAUGUUCAGGGCGAAGAAGCUCGACCUGGGCUGCUUCGUCAACAUCAAGGUCAUCCGCGACCACACCAAGCGGAAGGUGUACGAGAAGCACGAGGCGGAGAGGCAAGCCCUCCGCUACAUCAUCCGCAACACGACCCUCGCGCCGCGCGUGCGCGCGGAGGCCCAGCUGCAGCUGACGCAGAUGCACUGCUACACGAACCCGACGCAGAUCCGCAACCGGUGCAUACUCGGCGGCAAGGGGCGUGGUAUCUUCAGCGACUUCAAGAUGUCGAGGUAUAACUUCCGGCUCCAGGCCAUCGCGGGCUCCCUGCCUGGUGUGCAGAAGGCUAGCUGGUAG